UGUCACAGUAAUAGAAACUCUGACUAAGACACCCUAUCCCUAAGAGAGAUUUUUUGAAUGACUUGUUACAGUUCAGAAAAUAAUUUAUUUAACAACUUUCUCUUUUCUUAGAAAGACAGCAGAAGGACUUUUAAAGAAAAGAGACUAGAAACAAUCAGAAGAACACCAUGGAAGAAACAAAGAAAAAGAUUGCAACACAAGAAGGCAGAUUCUUUUCUAAGAUGAAGGUGUUUCUGAUGUCAUUAACAUGUGCAUAUAUGUCCAAAUCACUAUCAGGAGUUUAUAUGAAUUCCAUGCUCACACAAAUAGAGAGACAAUUUGAUAUCCCUACAUCUGUAGUUGGAUUUAUCAAUGGAAGCUUUGAGAUGGGAAACCUUUUGCUGAUUAUAUUUGUGAGUUAUUUUGGAAGGAAACUACACAGACCUAUUACAAUUGGUGUUGGAUGUAUGAUGAUGGGCCUGGGAUGUUUCAUAAUGUCAUUGCCCCAUUUCUUCAUGGGCAGAUACGAAUAUGAAACAACGAUUUUACCUACAAGCAACGUGUCCUCAAACAGUUUUUUGUGUGUGGAAAACAGAACACAGAGCUUAAAGCCAAUGCAAGACUCAACAGAGUGUGUAAAAGAAAUGAAAUCAUUAAUGUGGAUAUAUGUACUGGUAGGAAAUAUUAUGCGUGGAAUGGGUGAAACUCCCAUCAUGCCCUUGGGUAUUUCUUAUAUUGAAGACUUUGCCAAAUCAGAAAACUCUCCUUUAUAUAUUGGAAUUUUAGAAGCAGGGAAGAUUGUUGGCCCAAUUAUUGGACUUAUGUUGGGAUCUUUCUGUGCACGUGUUUAUGUAGACAUUGAGUCUGUGAAUACAGAUGACCUGACCAUAACAUCCAGUGAUACACGCUGGGUCGGUGCUUGGUGGAUUGGCUUUUUGGUCUGUGCAGGAGUGAAUAUCCUGACCAGCAUCCCGUUUUUCUUCUUGCCAAAAGCCAUCCCAAAGGAGGGAUUACAGGAUAAUGGGGAUGUGACUAAAUAUGAGAAAGUUGAGAAGUACAGAGAAAGAGCCAAAGAGGAAAACCUUGGAAUCACUAAAGAUUUCCUGCUAUUUAUGAAGAGCCUCUCCUGCAAUCCUAUGUACAUGCUUUUAACUUUUGUGGGUGUGCUCCAGAUGAAUGGACUUAUCAGUACUUUUACCUUCUUGCCCAAAUACCUGGAACAGCAAUAUGGAAAAUCUACUGCAGAGGCAGUAUUCCUCAUAGGCGUUUGUAACUUACCUCCAUUAUGCCUUGGAUAUUUAAUUGGUGGCUUUAUUAUGAAGAAGUUUAAGAUUCCUGUCAAGAAAGCUGCAUAUCUAGCAUUGUGCCUGUCCUUCUCUGAGUAUCUCCUUUACUUCUGUAACUUUUUGAUUACCUGUGAUAAUGCCCCAGUUGUUGGAUUAACUACGUCUUUUAAAGGAGUUCAGCACCAACUAUAUGUGGACAAUAGCAUCCUUGCUGAUUGCAACACAAGGUGUAGCUGCUUAACGAACACAUGGGAUCCGGUGUGUGGGGACAAUGGCCUAGCAUACAUGACAGCCUGCCUCGCGGGCUGUAAGAAGUUUGUUGGAACCGGAACCAACAUGGUGUUUCAAAAUUGCAGCUGCAUUCGGUCAUCGGGAAACUCAUCUGCAGUCCUGGGGCUGUGUAAAAAAGGCCCUGAAUGUGAUAACAAGCUAAAGUACUUUUUAAUCUUAGCAGUAAUUUCCAGUUUCACCUUCUCUCUCUCAGCCAUACCUGGGUUCAUGGUUCUUCUGAGGAGUGUCAAGUCUGAAGAGAAGUCACUUGGAGUUGGAUUACAUGCAUUUUUCCUAAGAAUAUUUGCUGGCAUUCCUGCACCUGUUUAUUUUGGCGCUUUGAUUGAUAAAACAUGUUUACAUUGGGGAACUUUGAAAUGUGGUCAGCCAGGAGCAUGCAGGAUGUAUGAUAUAAACAGCUACAGGCGCAUUUUCCUGGGGUUGCCUGUAGCACUAAGAGGAUCAAGCUAUCUCCCUGUCAUCUUCAUUCUGAUACUUAUGAGGAAGUUCCAGUUCCCUGGGGACAUCAACUCUUCAGAAACUGAACCCGCAGAGAUGAAGCUCACAGGGAGUGAAGGCGAGUGCACAGAUGCGCCCAGAAAUCCUAAUAUUGAGAAUGAUGGAGAACUGAAAACUAAGCUGUAAUGAGUUUUCUACUGGCCUGUGCAAGGCCAUGAACAGAAUGCACAUUUCACUUCCCCUCAAUCAUGAGAUGUACGAUAGGAACUUUUACCAUCAAGGAACUCAACAAAUAUUUUUAUUUGUGAUAAAAACAAUUACUGAUAGCACUUUCUGAACAUCAGAGUACCACUUAAGAUUUUCUCAGAUAAGAUCUCUAUGGUGAUGCACACGCUGAACUUUAUUUGCACACAGCACUUUCUCUUUUAACUCAAUCAAGGGAAGUUUGUGUUUCCUACACAUCUUCAAAGAAGUUUAAAACUUCCCUAUUCCUGAAGCAGUAUUUAAUUCCACUGAAUUUAUACUUCAAUACUGGAGGUAUUUAGAGCUGAAAAUAUGCAUUCUGGUUAGGCCACAUUGAGAAAGUUAUCUUUUCUAUGUUCAAGAUGUCUGCAUAUGUCUAUAUUAGUAGUUGUCAAAUUUUUAUUAUUUUAGACAUAUGCUUCUAAGAUUCGAUGUUUCCUGAUGUGUCACCUUCUGUUUUCAGUCCCUUCUUCCUUUACCCCUGUUACACAUUUGAUAAUUUUGUUUAGAUCACUGAUAAACUUAGCCAGGAUAUUAAAAAUCACAUUGCAAGGAUUGUUGGACCUAUUUUCCCUAGCAACUCAGAGCCGUUCAUGAAAUUCUUUCUUAGAAGCAACUAUUUGAGAAAGCCAGUUCUUUCGAAGUUCCUUUGUAAAGACUAAGUUGUUCCUUAGUGGUCCACUGCUUGCCUAGCAUGUGUGCAGCCCUGCACUGAACCAAAAGGUGGAGUAAACUACUGACAAUAAUAGAUAAAAUAAAAUAAAAUAAGAAAUAAAUGAAAAUAAAUCAGGGCUGAUGCAGUAUAAGAUGUCUCAAAGACUACUUUCUCAUACUCAGAAUGCCUCUUUG